AUGAAUAUCCUUCAAGUCAAUGUUAUUGAAGGUAGAGAUCUUGUUGCAAGUGAUUCAAAUGGAUUUUCAGAUUGUUAUGCAACAUUAAUAUUAGGACAACAAAAAAAGAAAACUAAAAUUAUAAAGAAAUCAUUGAAUCCAAAAUGGGGUGAAACUUUUUUAAUGCGUAUAUCACCAUUGGAUGAGACUUUACAUGUGUUAUUACAAGAUUGGGAUCAAUUUAGUAGUGAUGAUUUCAUGGGUGAAUGUUUUAUUGAUAUAAAUUCAUUGGAUGAUACAGCAGUAUGGUACACAUUAUCUACACGUCCAAAUAAACCAGACGAUUUCGUAAAGGGAGAAGUUUGUAUAAAAGCACGUGUUGUUAAAUCAUCAAAUAUAGUUAAAGAUAAAAUCCCAUUGAAUAUGUUAACUGAGGUUAAUAAUCGUUGUACCAAAUUUGAAAAUAGUGAUGGCAAAGACCCAUUCGAUAUCUCUGGUAUUGGUCUUGAACAAUUCCCAGAUUUCCUUUUUGAUCAUGUCCCAAAUGUUCAAGAUAUCGAUUUAGGUUUCAAUCAAUUUAAAAUGUUUCCAUCUUUAAUCUCUUUUAAAAAAUUAACAACUCUAGUUCUAAAUGGUAAUUACAUUUUAACAGUACCUGGUGAAGUUUUAGAUUUACCAAAAUUAAAAGUUUUAUCAAUUAAUGGUAAUCAUUUAAUUUCUUUACCUUCUGAAAUUAGUAAAUUAGUAUCAUUAGAGAAAUUAGAGAUUGCAAAUAAUAAAAUUACAGAAUUAUGUCCAGAAAUUGCAAAUUUACCAAAACUUGAAGAAUUGAUUAUUUCUGGUAAUCCAUUAACUAAAUUACCACCAAACUUUUCAUCAUUAACAUCAUUAGAAGUUUUAGAUGCAAGUGGUUGUCAAUUAAUUAGAUUACCUGAAGAUUUCUCAAUGAUGACAAAAUUAUUAGAAGUUAACCUUGGUAAUAAUAAAUUAGUAGAAUUACCAAAUCAUAUUGGUAGAUUAACAAGAUUAGUAAUAUUAAAUUUAAUGGAUAAUAAAUUAUCAGAUUUACCAAUGUCAAUUGGUAAUAUUCAUGGUUUAGGUAAAUUAGGUGCAGGUAUAAAUAUUGAAGGUAAUCCAAUUAAAUCUGAAGAGAUUAUGAAAAAGUAUAAAAUUGGUAAUGAUCAAUUAAUGGAUUUCUUAGAAAAGAGAAUGGCAUUAUCUGGUUAUUCAUUACCUGAAAUUUCUAAAAUUCCAAAAUUAAAUACAAGUAAUGGUAAUAAUAACAACACUACCACUACUUCAACCUCAACAACACCAAAACAACCACCACAAUAUUCUGUAGUUGAUACUUCAAAAUAUUCACCUUCUAUACCUUCUACACCUUCUACACAGCAAAAUAAUAAUGAAUCAUCUCCAAAUGGUGCAAAUAUAACAAUACCAUUAUCUUCAACACCACAAAUUCCAACUCAAACUAAAGAUCAAGAUGUUGUAAAUAAAACAAUUGCACUUAAAAAUUGGAUUGUAUCAACGAUUAGAGGUGAGAUUAGACCUAAAAUGGGUAAAAUUAAAAAUCAAAUACUUCGUUGCGUUUCAAUUCAAGAGGGUGUUGGUAUUGCAAAUAUAUUUAAACAAAUUAAACCUGAAAUUGAAAAAUUAAAAUUAUUAAUUCCUCCAAAUUAUCCAAUGCCACCACCAGCUUCAAAUAUGUCUGGAGGUAAAACUUUUUCUGGUAAUGAUAAAUUAGAACAACUAAAAGAUUUAGUUGCAAUCUCAAUUGAUGACUAUGAUGUAUUGUUUGCUGUAUUAUAUCAGUUAAUACCAAAUAACACUGAUCCUCAAUUAAUUGUUUCUGUUACUCAAUCUUUAAAGAAAAUUAAAGAAAUUAUUCCUUAA